GGUUUAGUCAUCGCAGCUCGUGGCUUCGUUGCCUUUCUCUAUGAAAUGCGAAUAUCUUCGAUGAGAUCCGUGGCAUCGCUCACCGAUUGCUCUGCUGGAUCCUUCAUCACGGCGAAUUCGUUUCGCACAAGCAGUUGCAGGAGAUAUUAUGGAUUGGAUUACAGUCUGCUGCUAGAAUCAGAGGUGUAUUGAGGAGAUGAAUGAUGUUCCAUCAUGGGGGCUGAUUUUAGGGGUGACAGUAGGAGUGAUGAUUGGGGUGCUCCUGGCUAUUGGUGCUCUUCUUUGUAUUAGACUCCGGAAGAAGCAAACACAGAUAAGGAUAGCCAGCUUGAGGAGGGCAUCAACUGUUCCCGCCGGCACCAAUGGAGUCGAUGUUGUUUUAACACAAUCAGACUCUACCAUGGAUCAAGAGUCACCCGACCACACUGACCUUGAAGAAGGUGCUCCUGCCUUGUGGCCCGAAGGAACCAAAAGGAAGAAUCUGGUGUCAGUUUCUGGAGUGCCCAAAUUUUCAUACAAGGAAUUGCAAAAGGCUACUAGUAACUUUAAAACAUUGAUUGGUCAGGGAGCAUUUGGUCCUGUUUAUAAAGCUCAGAUGCCCACUAGUGAGACACUUGCAGUUAAAGUGCUUGCUACGAACUCCAAGCAAGGCGAGAAGGAAUUUCAAACUGAGGUACUACUUCUUGGGAGAUUGCAUCACCGAAAUCUUGUCAAUUUGGUUGGAUAUUGUUCUGAAAAGGGCCAGCAUAUGUUGAUAUAUGUUUACAUGACUAAUGGCAGCCUAGCUUCUCAUCUGUACAGUGAAAAGUAUCAAGUAUUGAGCUGGGAUUUGAGGAUUAAUAUAGCUCUAGAUGUUGCAAGAGGUUUAGAGUAUCUUCAUGAUGGUGCAGUUCCACCUGUAACUCACCGCGACAUCAAGUCUGCAAACAUUUUGUUAGACAACUCCAUGAGAGCUAGGGUUGCAGACUUUGGGCUAUCACGAGAAGAAAUGGUUAGCCGUCAGGCAUCUAAUAUCAGAGGAACUCUUGGGUAUCUCGAUCCGGAGUAUGUAUCAUCAAGAUCAUUCACAAAGAAGAGUGAUGUUUAUAGCUUUGGGGUUCUGCUAUUCGAGUUGAUUGCAGCGCGGAAUCCACAACAGGGCUUAAUGGAAUAUGUUGAACUUGCUGCAAUGAACGCUGAUGGAAAAGACGGAUGGGAGGAAAUUGCAGAUCCUCGAUUAGUCGGUGCGUUCUAUAUAGCAGAAGUCAAUGAUGUAGCAGCUCUUGCAUAUAAAUGCAUCAAUCGACUCUCCAGAAAACGACCGUCGAUGAGAGAUGCAGUCCAAGCACUAUCUCGGAUCUUGAGAACAAGGCACAGAAAGCAGCACCAUGCAAGGAGAUCCUUGCCCCUCACCAAAGAGGAAGAAUCUCUGGACAUAGAGCCAUCAGAACAUCAGAGUGUAUCUGAACACAAUAGAGCAGAGUCGAUCUUUAGUGUAUCAGAUGUUUGAUUUAAAACCUAUUUGCUUCAUUCCCUUUUCUUUAUUUGUUAACCGAUUUAUUGGAUUCAUACUUUUGUAAAUUAGGUGUGUUAGACUAAA